GUGGAUAAUCGCUCCGUGGUGACAAUAUUUCUGUGCUGAUACUCCGGGCUUGCCUGCUCACCAUUGGCUUUAAGAUUGGCCCUGCUAUGCAUUAUCUAUAAUUGGGGUUAUGGAGGACCAGCUUCUGUCUCCAGGUGGUCAGACUGCCCAAUGGAGCCAUUCCUCGAGCCUCGUCAAGGGCCAACCAAAGGUCUCCCAAGAAGUGGUUGCUGAAGAAAGUCCACCUCCUUCACUGUCAUCCAUAUUUGAGACUGCGUUUGGCGCCACUGUGACGCAGUCGUCGGCUGAACUGCCAAAUGUUCCCGAGAUGCCUAUUGAAUGUGGCUCUCCUCUCUUUGCCUCUGCCGACGAAGAUGCCGACAGUGCAUCCAUUCGGCUAGACCACGGAAGUCUCCGUGGCAGCCGCUGUAACUAUCGCCGCACCACCUCUCCGCCACCGGCGGUUCCUCCGUACUCCCCUUACACCCCACCUCCAGCACCGCAGGAGUUCUCCCCCUUCUCUGCGCCCCCUUCUCACCCGCUCCUCUCCCUGACUGAUCUUCGCAUGGACAUUCGGCUAGCCCCGAGAAGUGGCAGUGCGACGGCUUUCUUGUCUGCCGCGAAUGUUGCUCCUCAGAACCAGGAAUGGCAUCCAAGCAGCAUCGUCACGCCGGGCAUUGUCUCGACCAGCGUCUACACUUCGAGCGUGGUUUCGCCGGACGUUGCCUCGCCCUGUCUGGUGUCGGCGGGGGGCCUAGAGAGUGCCGAGGCACGCCACCGCAAGCGCCUGCUCAGCGAGGGCGAGAGCAGCCACUGCAAGAAGGAGAAGCCGCGCAAGGUGUAUCCUCAGGUGCCCUCGUCCUACUCGGCCUCCAUGUCAUCGUGCCGGAAGGUAGACGGCCGCCGGCGGAGCUCCGAGAGCGAAGACGGCGUGCCUGGUGGCAGGCGUGAGGAGAGGUGUGGCUCUGAGCAGAGAAGCGGCUGCGUGUCGCCGUCGCCGAGUGCAGAAACAGCAGCUGGGGCAGCUCAGCAGGGUGGUGCUUACAGAAGGGCUACGAAGGCGUCAUCUGAAAGUGACAGUGAUGCAGACAUAAUUGUCACCCCACCCAGGCCCCGUUCUGGCCAUCAGUCUAGGCCACUGUCGCAGGAUCCUUGCGGCCAAGAUCACAGCUAUUCGGAAAAUCGGCCUGUUAGGGAGCAUCGGAGUCACCGUAGGGGGUCAUCAAGGGAUCAGCCGAGUACAUCUCAGGGUGCCGAGGGAGGCCAACUAGAGCCUGGGCAGCUAGGCCCGGACUGCAUCUGGCCUUCGGCGCCGGAUCUCCAGCUGGAUUGCCUUAUCAGUGAUGACGAUGACGACAGCAGCAGUGUGGAGCUCGUCAGUGUGGAGCUUCCCAGAAACUACCGUCGACCAGCCUCACGUCAGGCACUUGGCAAUGGCGGCGGACACCCCUCCACUUCUGGUUCGAGCCACGGGGGUGCUUGCGAUUUGUCACGUCAUGCAUCGCGGCGGUCCCCACUGUCGAGGGGACCUCUGGAGCACUCUUUGGCACAGCAAACCGCCGGCGGCAACAGUCGUGGGCUCUCCCGUCACGGUGCUGCAGCAGCUGCAUUUGUGGACCUGACACAGUCGGACGAAGAAAGUGGUGCUGCCGCAAACGGCAGUGCCAAUGACGGGGCUGGUCUGCCCAGGGGCGGGCGAGGGUCACCUGUGUUGCCAACGUUUUCCUCGGCGCCAUCUUCCGCAUUGCACUUUGGGCACGUGAACGCUAUGCAUCCGUGCGGUGAACGUCCCCUCCCUCCUGGCAGAGAGCCGUGCUUCGUCCGCAUGCACAGGGGCCUCCCCUCGUGCCCACUGCCGCCAUCGGGGGGUAGCCGGCUACUCCCCAGCCACAUGCACGGGUAUCCCGCCCAGCCGUACGGGGUGACCCCACAGCCUCCCACGUCUUCUAGCCUGGUCUCUGGCUUUGCCAGCUGCCGGUUUCACGGGAGCGCUGCUCCUGCAGAACCACUGCAGCAGCAUAUCCACUGCAACGUUGAGAGUGGUGACUCCUGUGCACGCACCAUGGGUACUGCAGCACCAAGUGCGGAGCCUUGCAGAAGCUAUGGUGGCUGCUUUAGCCAUGCAGGGCCAUCCAACAUGGUGAUGGGUCACACUCACGUGUACCCAGCAUCUGGAAGCUCCCACGUCACCUACCUGGCUCCCCCAAAUCCUCCUCCACCUCUGAAUGCGGGUGUGGGUCCUGGCCUGAACCUGGGGCUGGGACAGCCGAGCUCGCCGUACCAGGCAUUCACCCCCAUGGCACCUGCCGCCCACUUUGAGAUUCCGUCUCCCUCCUCGGCCGCUGUGUUCGCUCGGAUGAACCCGUCGCACUCCAGGCUCUGGCAGAGUCAGCAGAGAAUGCAAGAGAUGCAGAGGCGGUGCAUGUACCAGCACACCCUGUACAUGCAAAGGCAGCAAGAGGCGCUAGCCCUGCAACGCAUGAUGGAAGCCCAGCGGGCAGCUGCAGGGCUGGCGGCAGGCGCUGCCGCCGCCGUUGCUGCAGCUGCAGCUGCUGUCGCCGCCCCUCCUAUUCCCGCCGUGGCACCAUCGGCGCCGCCCGAGAGCCUGUACGUGUGCACCAAUGCAGAGCGGGGGGCGCUCCUGGUGGCACAGGGCACGAGGGAUACGGCGGUGGCUCCCCAGGCUGUCCCCGAGGGACACGGCGGCCGGGGGGCGGCCUCUUCCUCGUCUGCGGAGAGCAGCGGGGGAUGCCAGGCGACACUGAGUCCGCCCCCAGUGCAGGUGGCCAGCGAGGCGGUUGUGCUGGACCCCAGUGUUCAGGCCGAGGAGGUCUUCGCAUCCCCCACCGGUGUUGGAGAGGCAAGCGGGGGCCAUGCUCAUCUGCAUCACCACAUCCACCAGCACCACUACCACCACCCGCCGACACCACCACAGAUCCACUCCUUCUCGCCCCUUACCUUGGCCCUGCCACCUAGUGUGGCUGCUGUCUCUCAGAGGUUCCCAGACCUGUAUGCCAUUUCGGCGCUGUCUGAUAUUCCUCAGUACGUCUCGCUGCCCCAUUACAUGCCGCUGCUCUCAAGGCAUGUUCAGGAAACCAUGAGGUUGUUCGAGCAUCGUCGCAUGGUAGUGAACCGUGGGGCUUCGCAGAACACUAUUGAGCGAAACACGUUUCCUCACAAAUACAAAAAGAUUCCACGAAGUGGUGGUGACAGUGAGGACAACGUGGAGAAGUGCACCAUCUGCCUGAGUGAGUUUGAGGACAACGAAGAAGUCAGGCGCCUGCCGUGCAUGCACUUGUUCCACAUCGUCUGCGUGGACCAGUGGCUGACGACCAACAAGCGCUGCCCAAUCUGCCGCGUGGACAUAGAGGAGCACCUCAAGGACUUUGGCAUCUCCUCGUCAUGAUGCUGUCCUUCCUCCGUCACAUGCUGUGGUGGUGCCCACCGCUGCUGUCCAGUGCAGAAGCUGCAGGCCCAGCCUCACUCUGAGUGGCCUUUCCUCGUGUGUGUUCACCCUGUGCUGUGUUUUUUAUAUCUCCAUCUCAAAUAAGAGUGAUGUUUGUUGACAGCCUUUUUUUUUUUUUUUUUGCUCAUCCCCUCGUACCACGUUGAACUACGGUGCAGCGGCUCUGCUGACAAUGCUAGUCUGUUCUUCCGUUGAGGGACCUUGACGCUCUCUGUUCUUAGGGAAGAAAGCUUCCGGGGUGCUUUGUUCGGCCAAGGAGCAAGAGUUUGAUAGAAAGGGCACGCUUGUUUUUGUUCUGUUGCUGCUAAUCCUACUGAUGCACCGAAUGCUGUGUAAAUAAAAGUGCCGCGUAUGCACAACUCCGGCUAAACCACGGGCUCAUCCAUAGUCUAUUUGCACGUGGCAAAGGCAUUUCACGAUGAAUGGGAGUUUUAUACUGUGUUUUGGUGGCUACACUUGUCGGUUUUGUAAAGAAUGGCAAAGAAAGAUAGGGAGUGCUGUUUGCAAGAAUGGAAUUGCAGCACCGUCUGUCACGGUAACGUUGAAACACUGCUCGUGUGACGUCUUGCUCCAGCAAUGAUAGGUGGCUCAACCGCUCUGUUAGUCUCCAUCUUUUGUUGGAUAUCGCCACAGAAAACACAUGUUACUUGUGGUUUGUUUUGAAUGAAAUAGGCAGGCAAUGAAUGCAAGCAUCCUAUUAAACUUAAGUUGCGCGCACUGCAAAGUGCCUCUUCUGUGCGAAACUUGAGCUGCAGUGAGCCAGCAAUUUAGCUAGAAGAGUGGUUUGCAUACGGUGCUCUUAUUUACGCAACACUAUAUAGGUCUAGGAGUUUGAGUGCAGUGAGUGCUAAUGUAGGGCAUGGUUUCUUCAUUCCUAUAAUUCUUAGUGUGCCUCUUAUCACUUGCGUAUUUGCUGCAGGCUUCAUUGCGUGGUUGCCGAGCAACUAGAAAGUCCCUACGAAGGGGGCAGCUGUGAAAUUGCCGAAACUUAUGGUAAAACACUUGUGAGAAAAAGAAAAAAAAAAAAAAAACGGCUGAAAGCUUGGUGAGCCCGUCUGGAAGCAAUGUAUCUUGUUAGUAAAACUCAUGGGUUUGCACAAAGGAUGAAUUUUGUUUUACACAGGAAAAGUUUCAGUAAUCUUUUUGGGCUGGUGCAGACGUUUGUUGUGGUACAAGCUUGCUGUGCCAGUGUAGAAGUUCCUUUCCUGAAGUGUGACAGCGCCUCUUCUUCGUUUGUGUUUCAUGCAAUCCAAGUUUGUACCUGCAAGCUAGGCUUGGCUUACAAGUGUGUGCCACACAAGUUGAUCGCAGCGGCAGCUAGCGUCAGUUCUUUCAAAUUUUAGCUUGAAUGUUUUAAGCAUUGUGAUUUUUUUUUUUUAAAUUAUGAAUACGAAACACUGCUCCUUGUAGGAAAAUCUGCUUUCCACAGACCCAGGCAAGAUCAGCCAGAAUUCCAAGUUGUAGCUGUUAACAAUGGAUUAAGUUUAGACACAUGCACUGCUAAAUGCUGCAGAUUUCAUACAGUCAUCCAAAGAUGUUUUCUUCUUCCUGAUGCACUUUACAAGUCCUAUAUAUUCCAGACCUUUGCUUUCGUUGCUGGUUUGUUAUACUCUGUUUGCUUGUUUUAUUUGUGUGUGUGGUUACAGGGCUUUUUCAAAUGGUUUCUAGAUACCCUGUAAAUGAUGAACUUCCAUUUUUUUUUGUUAUUACAAUUGGUCAACGUACAGAGUCUUGCAACAAAGCACCUGCUGUUCUGUCGCUUUCAUCUCCUUUCUCUUCUGUCUUCAGACCUUCUUAGGCUUUAUGUAAACUACAUGUAUAGAAGUGCUUGUACUACACGGCUGUUGCCUUAUUUGCAAGGUUAGGUUUCGUGUACAUGGUUGUUAGAAAGGUCGAAAAUGCUUGACGCACGUUUUCAUUGAUUGCUCAAAGAACAUGUUGUGUUUUUGCGUGAGGCAUUGCGCUUCGCCACUUGGGUGCAGUUCUAGGGCUCCUACAGUUGCCGAAUUUGUUUUCUCAAAAGCCACCGGAGAAGGUGUCGUUUGUUAUGCGUGAAGCCGGUGUUGUUUCAAUUAACAGGAUUGUCUGAUCUUCUAGGAUAAUUUUGAAUACCCAGAAUAAUGUUUGUCUUGAGAAUUUUGGCGAUUCUAUUGGGGCUGUAUGAAGAAUGUAUUUCACACAUACACAACCUCUUGCAUACCUUCUUCUAUUGGCAUAAAUUCCAUAGGCACAAUAAAUAACUUGCUCAGUCAUUUUAAAUGCUCUGGAUUUGUUUAUGUGGGUGAGCUGUGGUGACAUCAAUUGUUGCAGUGGCCGUAGUAAAACAAGCACAGCUAACCUGUUUGACAAGAACAUGAGUGACAUUAAUAUGUAUUGUUUUUUAACCAGAUCAACCUACCCUUUCAUUUUGCCUAACAGGUUCCGUCAACUUUUUCGUCCUUCUAAACACAACAAAAACAGUGGCUCUUAGAUUUAAACACAUUGGUGGGCUAGUUGGUUAGCAUCCGUGAUAGAAUGUGUAAGCGCAACUGAAUGAGGACGUCGAAAGAAACGGACACACAAAGACAGCUCCACUUUCAGCUGUAGCUAUUUAUUUUCGCACGAACUGAUAAAUACGUACCAAGCGAGUGGAAACAAAGUCGAUAAAAAGGAACAUUCAGUGGUGUAUACUGAAGAACCGUGAAGGUGUCUAAGGCAUGAUCAAAACAUACACUGCAAUAGUUACAGCGAUAAAUAGAGGAAUCGUAUCUCUUUUUCAGAUAGUGACACUGAAGGCUUGAUUAUGCAUUUCUUCUAAUUUUGCAGUUUCAUAGGACUCCACAAUCUCCCUUGUCAUCGUGCUAUGAGUCCUAUACAAAAUAGACAUACUCUCAAACAGGGAAUUGCAGCCACAAUAAUGGCACUGAAUGCCCAAGCGGCCCAAGACUACUCUAGUAAUGUUAUAUUGAUGCUCCUUUAGUCUCUGAUCAAUGAAUCUGUCAGCUUGACCAGCAUACAUUCUUUUGUGCAGAAGUGGAAUGAUUCUUCACCAUUCCACUUCUGUACAUUGUACAGAACUUCUGUACUUCUGUAAAUUGCAAAAUUAGAAGAAAGAUGCGUAAUCAAGCCUUCAGUGUCGCUAUUUCAAAAUGAGAUGUGAUUCCUCGGUUUAUUGCAGUAACUAUUGCAGUGUAUGUUUUGAUCAUGCCUUAGACACGUGCACGGUUCUACUGUAUACACCACUGAAUGUUCCUUUUUAUCGACUUUGUUUCCACUCGCUUGGUACGUAUUUAUCCAUUUGUGCGAAAAUGAAUAGCUACGGUUGAAAUUAGCGCUGUCUCUGGGUGUUCUAUUUCUUUCUACGUCCUCGUUCAGUUGCGCAUACACAUUCUAUCAUGGGUUCUUACAUGUUCCCAUGUUGCAUACACGCGAUCUUGCACUUCGCAAAGUCUAGCAUUUUUUGUAUCGUUAUUUUUAUUUUUUGCAUCACUUCGGCAUCUGCGGUCAGUUAUGUUUUCGUAGGUGACAGACUGGGCUUCUUGUAAGUUGAACCCAGCACUGCAGUGAAUACAAAUUGUAGCACCACUGGUGUUUCGCAUUUAUAUAGAUCAUCCCGUAAAAUCUUCGUCCAUUUAAUUUUUCUGCAUUCCUACAUACCACUAGGAUGUUCUACUAGUAAAAUACCGUCAGGCAUGCAAUUGGAAUUAAUAAAGGCAGUUUAAAUGUAAUUUUAAAGUGUGUUUUGUGUACACGGCUCAUAACUUACUCUGUCUGACGUAGGUCUGUGUCAAGUAUCUGUCGUUACAUGGCGAUGAGCAUUUAGUUUGCACUUGAUUUCUGAAUGGAAGAAAAAGUAUGUAUGUAGAAGACAUAUGAUCUGCUUGGCCUUCAAUUCUUUUGAGUACAACUUCAUUGGGUGGAGCUGUAAGUGAUCUUUAUUAUCAGUUGCACCGCAUUAUAACAAAGCCACAUCUGACAUGAAAAUAACUUUGCUGUAGUACUAUCCAAUAUUUAUAAGCAUCCACGCAGAAACCGGGGGGGGGGGGGGGGGAGUCAUGUUCAGGUCUAUGUAAAAGGAACCCAAGCCUGAUUCCUUGAUGGGCCAGCAACACCCUCCUGUCAAUUUUCAUGGACUGUCCAUAUCUGAUUGAUUUUCAUAUUGGCACUAUGAAUAUGGUUGCUGCAAACCUGUGUGGCUGGUAUAUAUACCUGCUUUCUCUCUUUAUUUUCCUCCUCCUCCUUGUUACAGUGAACUUCACUAUAAGAGUUCUUUAAAAUUAACGAAAAUUUGAACAACCCAGCUAAACGCCUAUUUUUUAGUGUAAAAAUAUUUCAGUACUAUGAAUUUUAGAAGACAAAAAAAUAUUUAAAAAUAUGAAGGGAAAUUUUAUGCUUUCUCUGUAUUCAUGGCACCUAAAAAUAAUGAAUUUAUAACCAGAAGUAUCGCACACAUUUGCAACUUGCGAAGCUGCGAAAAAUCCGGCACACCACCAACAGCGGCAGGUAUUUCUUGGACAAUUGCAAAUCUAUGCAAUUCCCAUCGCCAUCACCCGCACUAAGGGCGGCCUGCAGAAAUAAAAGCAAUCCUUGUACUACUAGUAGUCAAGUUGGCACUGCGAAGACCGCGAGGUUACGCCUAUUGUCACGAAAUCGUGGCAGUCCUGAAGAUUUGAGGGAAUAAAUCGCCGGGGAAGGGCAAGCUUGCUUAAAUUGCCACCAACUUCCAGGAUAUAUCAGUAAGUUGGCUAAUUACAGAAGAAAAGCAACAAAGUUUGCGAAUACUUUGGUGCUUCAGUACUGUUUGUGAUGAAGUGCACUGGGGCGCAGCAUGUAUCAGCGAGAUUAUGUGCAGCGGGCGUGAAGGCUCGAGGCAUGUUACCUACGCCUUCGCAGAAUGCACAGCUGCAUGGUUCGUGUGUGACAGUUGGCCCAUGCUUGGGAAUGGGCGGGUCAUGGUAGUGGCCACCCUGCAGCAUUGCGUUUCAUCAUACUGCACGUGGAACGUGCAGGGAACUGUGGCGCACGUAAUGUCGCUGUUGGCAGAUGUACAGCCGGGCAUACACUCGCUUAGUAUUAAGAUUCGAGCCUUCUGUGAGCUGCGCACGCACUGGCAGAAAGAUGUUGCUUCACAUAAAUGCACCUUCUCACUGCUGUUAUAUUGAGUUGUCAGUGGCACAAAUGCAUUUGUGGAUGAAUUUUUAACGUCAAUUUGUGUUUUCGAUGCAACAAUAAUUCAAAAAAUAAUGGAAUGAUAGUUGCCGGCCCCAUGAAAUUCUUUUAAUAGACACCUCACUGUAUAUGUGUAUCUGUUUGGGUGUCUGUUCUGGUCCUACCUUUGUUCAAACACAGUCAGUUGUGCAUGUCUCUCGUAAUAAGCCAUAACUGCAUGUAUGACCACAUUUUAUCCCAUGUUCAGAUAAUUAGGCCUUUUAGUUAUUCAAAAGAAGAAACUAGGUGCUCUAGAAGUUGUAAUUACCACAAGUAACAUUGUUACUGUUUUCAGUUAGCGUUUGAAAAUUCACUAGUCAAACCUCGAUAAUACAUACAUGUGUAAUUAAGUAUGGGCUAAGACUGCCAAAUUUGGUUGGUAAUGUCAAUUUGGUAGAUGUCAAAUUUGGUUGGUAAUAGCUUUAUUUCAGUGGAGCAUUCUCCAACAAUAAGAAAAUCGAAAUUUCAGCAUCGAACACAGUAUCAAUUAUAGUUGAGUAAAUUCUUGUUUGCACAUGCCUGAUAGUAUUAUGUUCUGAUAACAAAAAUUUCACAGCCGCCAAUUCAUCAGAUGCCUGAUUUUUCAGACCUGCAUGAUUAUUCGGACUUUUCUGCAGCACCGCCAUCCGCCCUAGCACCAACGCUGUACUGGGCACAUGAUGCGUGAUGCGCACUGUAACAAAGUUCUAACAAAUUUACCACCACGUCGACUAGGCACGAAACCACAACUUUGCAGAUUCCCAACAAAGCAGCACUGGUUAAGCCUAGUCCUCUAAGCGCUUUGGUCAGUGGAUUGGCUGGUGACAAGCUGUCAUGGGAAGCUUGCCGUCAAUGUUUGCACUCUGUAGACUUUAUCGUUGGUUGAGUGUGGGAUCAGAUGCAUGGGCUAGGCUGGCGGCCGCAGCAGUGGAGUACGGAUACACACAUGGUCUUCUUCGAGCUGGAAAAGUCUGUCGGCAGCGGUCCUCAGCAACUUGAAAUGACACAUAUGUAUUUGUCUCAUUUUGCGCAGCAGACGAUUUUGCGUGCUCUCAGUGAGAGGAUGAAAGAGCAUGAUCGCCUGUGCUGGAACACGGCAGAAAAUGACAGUUUCAUUCUCUGUGCGUGUGACUGCAUGACUUGGGAACAAAACUAAACUAAACGGAAGUACAUCUCUCUUGCUACAGUACGAAGUAAAAUGAAAGCAUGCAGACAUUUGGUUUGUAUGUUUUAUUAUUUCUCUAAACAUUAGUUCGUCUAUUGAAGCAACAGAUUAAACAAAUAACAGAUGUUACAUUGAAUAAUUCUUGAAGUGAUGUGUUACUAUGAGUGACAUUGCAGCAUGGCCAUGUACGUAGGUGUGCUUGCAGAAUUUACGUUGACUGUCCGGCUGAGAGCGUGGCACCCGCGAGUAGAAGAGCAAAUGGUGUUUGGUUUGAUAUUUAAGCUCUUGCUCCAGGACAUAGCGAUGUUAUACUUGGCAGACUAUGACCGUUAGCAUGCAUUGUAUGCACUGCACUUGUCAGCUCAAAAUGGCCAGACCUGGCGAGGGACCCUUUAAGACAAAGCUUUAUAAAUAGUGGCAUAUUUUGGUGCAGUGAGCAACCCUGGCGAAAUGUUUCUGGCCAUUCGUCUGUCGAGCAACUCGGUACUACUCGCUGUUGCACUUGCUGAGGACACUUUUUUUUCUGUGGCAUGAUGCAGCAAGUUGAAUAGGCUGUGAAGUGUGUCGUAGACUUGGUCUUGAGUUAGGCUGGAAAUGUAGAGUGCACCCUUCGCUCUGCUGGCAUUUUGUGCAAUGUGGGAUGGUGUGGGCUGCACCACCUGGUGGUGGCUAGUACAAAUGUCAUAGAUAAUGAGGCAGAUACUUUAGCCUAAUAUUUUUCCAAAAGUUUGUUUGAUAUUGUAUGCCCCCACCCAUUUCUUAUGUACACUUUCUCAAAUGACCCUCCCCUACCUCCCACCUGUCUCGGCUAAUCCGUUGCUGGAUAUUUAAACAAGGCUUUGUACUGAGGCUUUUGACCUGCUGUAACGUUCCGAGUCAUCGCUCAUUACCAGAAGAGCACUUAGUCUCAUAGUUGUGCAAGAUAUCAAUAUGAUAAUCCGGUUCAUAUUAAGAACAAAUGUAGUUGGGCAGGUUGUGUACUGUGUUGAGCAGAUAAACAGUUGUCUAUUUGAGUGAAUGCAAAGGUAAGUUUGACACAGUCACUGGUGGCAAAAAGGAAUAAUGAUAACAUUAGAAGUAAAUUUGUUAACAUAGGAUUGGUUUGGCUGACGCGGGAGAGGAGUAAUUCAACACAUCUCCGGGAGACGUGCAUUGCUGCAAGAGAACACAAAGGCUGGACAUUUCGUAGCAAGGGUUGGUAGUUUUGUCUAAUCUUGUUUCACCUAGCUGUACCACUCCCCCACCAUGCUGAAAUAAGAAUUAGCGUUUUUCUAGACUUACUUUCCUGAACUGGACCUGCGUUAAGCUGUUGCUGUUUGGGAUGAUGGGUGUUGUUAAUAUUGAUGUCAGCUUGGGAUGUUGCGGUACCUUUGUAGCAGUAUAAAUUGUAGUAAAGCCGACUUUGGGCUUAGCGGAAAGGUACUGGGGUCCAGCAGUAGUGAUCAUUUCGGCUUGAUGCAGCGACGUAGUACUGUGGCUGAACAAUUCUGCAGUGUUUGCUGGGUACACUUCGCUCAAUCCUCUAUGCAGUUCCUGUUCUACUUUUUUUCUUUUGCAUUGACGUGAAAAUUUUGAUACAAGUUGUUCGCUGAUGACUCUGCCCACUAUGUUUAACGUACUUGUUCCUUGGACAUAUUGUGCUCUAAGGCCAGGAUUGAGCAUGAGUGGGAAAAAAUUAACUGAAAUGUGAGUUUUAAAUUUCCUUGCUUGUGUGCGCGACAUUGGCACAGUUUAUUUUUUGACACAGGACUUCUGAUGCUGCAGCAUGUUUACAGGCCAGGUGUGCAGCAAAGCCAUAUGCUGUGUUUUCGAGUAAUGGGCAAGGAAUGCUUUUACUUUUGUUCCCAUUCAGUUGUCUUUCUGGUGCGAUAGUACCUCUGGUCUGUAAAGCUUUGCCAUUUUGGUUAUUCCUGUAUGAAGUCUGCACAUGAAUGGAAUGAUGCAUUGUGGGCUUGUAUUUCAUACAUGUAAAUAUAUAUAUAUGCCUUUGGGAAUGAGCUUUUAAAGCUUUAUUACCUUUGGGCAUGUCGCUACUUUCCAGAUGCAAGUCUAGGCUGUUCAUCUGACAUGUCCAGCUGAUGUGCUUAGGUGCAUAGACCCUUAUCUACCGAGGCAUUGUCUGUGCUGCCGUAAACGACGUAAGCUGUAGUGAAACUUGUUGAUCAAGUUGCUUUUUUUUUCUAGUUUGUUUUGAGCUGUUUGCAUUUGCUUUGAAUCAUGUGAAAGCAAUGCAAUGCAAAUCCUUGAUUCUGUAUUUAAAAAGACUACAUUGCAAGGUACCCACUCUGUACUUUUGAAUUGUGCAUUACCUGGAAGCGAUGCCUAUAGUUUUAAAAUAAAAGUUGUCUUAAACUUGC